AUGAAGGAUACGUUCAGGUAUCGCUGGCGCACGAUGCUCAUGAUGUGGCUGGUGUUCUGCAUCAUCUCAGCGGUGGGUAAUCUUCUAGCUGUGAUUACGACCGGCAUCUGGCUGGAUCAUCUCUCGAAGAUGAAGGACCGUACAGGACUCGUUAACGGACUUUCCGGCUUCAUGCUGCUGUCCUCGGUGGCUGUGGGUGUUUGCUUCAUACUAUCAGCCGUGAUGAUCUGCCAUUACUGGAAUUCGAAUUCUCCCAAAUAUCAGCCGGUUGGCAGGAUGGCGAAACGAACUCGGCUGCGUCGUCGGUUGUCGCGGAUGAAGAGUGGUGAAAGAAAGGACGCGCGUAUGACCUCGAAAGGUUACCAUAUAGUUUGA